GAAUUAGAUUUUCGUAUUCUAAAUGUUUCAGGGAACACCAUUAUAAAAGUUUGUCAAGCAAAUAAUCUUCUUAGCAUUUACCAGAGGCGAUGGACAAAAGGGAUUGUGUUGAUCAAUGGAAACCAGUGGCUGCAAUGUUUGGCGUUUGUUUUGCUUUGGCUAUUGUUAACAUAUGUCUCAAGAAAGCUCUGAAUCAGGGAAUGAGCCAUUUGCUCAUCGUCACUUACAGGCAGUCCAUCUCCACCAUUUUCUUGACCCCCCUUGCCCAUUUCUGGGAAAGGAAAUGCUGGAACAAUCUCACAGGUGGCAUAUUAUGUCGUCUUUUUUUCGGUGGACUACUUGGGGCCACGCUUACUCAAUAUUUCUUCCUUGUCGGGCUUAAAUAUACAUCAGCAACAUACACUUGUGCUUUCAUUAAUAUGGCGCCAGUUUUUACAUUCAUCCUGGCCCUGCCACUUAGGCAGGAAAAAGUUAACUUGAAAAACACGAGUGGAAGAGCAAAGGUGUUGGGCACACUAAUUUGUGUUGGAGGAGCCUUAGUUCUAAUUCUGUACAAAGGAUUGCCAGUGAUUAACGCGCCUAAAUCAUCCCCUGUAAUGCUCCAGAAAGCCAAGCAUGACACAGCAAAAUGGGUUAUUGGUUCGAUAAUUCUUGCUUUGGGUGGCAUUCUAUGGGCUUCAUGGUUUCUAAUUCAAGCUAGGAUUGGAAAGUAUUACCCUUAUCAGUAUUCUAGCACAGCCAUGCUGUCUUUCUGCAGUGCUGUCCAAUCAGCCAUCUUAUGUGCUAUCAUCGAAAGACCGAAUUCUUGGACCCUCAAAGGACCAUUACAGAUUUCUAGUAUCGUUUACGCUGGAGCUGUAGGAUCAGGUCUGUGCUAUGUAUGCAUGUCAUGGUGCGUCAAACAACGGGGGCCUGUUUUCACUGCAGCAUUUAGCCCUUUCAUACAAAUUUUUGCUGCUAUCUUCGAUGUCUCAUUACUUCAUGAACAGAUAAAUCUUGGAAGCAUUCUGGGAUCCGUUCUUGUUGUCGUUGGUAUGUAUGUACUCCUGUGGGGAAAAAGCAAGGAAGGAGACCUUGAGCCUGAUAACAGGAAUGUUCAAGAAAAAGUUGGAGAUACCAACCACGCCUUGUCAGUCACUACGCCGAUAGAUGCCGGAUCAACAACUUCUGUAUAACUAAAGUCUUAUAUUGAAGCUCCUCUGCAUCUUUGAAGAAUUGUAGGUUUCUCAUGAAAUUUUUACCCCCAAAAAAAAAUCCCAGUAACUGACAACAUUUGGUAAAGAGACAGUAUAUUUUGGUAUUUUCCAUCAAAGGAGGAAAUCUACGUGGAUACAAAAGAUUUCUUGAUCAGAAACCAAGAUUCAAGGUUCAGAAAUCACAAGAAGAAAUAAAGAAACAAUAAUGAUUUUUUCACCAUCGUGUUUUUUCCUUUUUUUUUUCUUUUUUUGGGCAAGACUAUAGCUGCCAAAGAAUUAUCUCCAUUGUUGGCCGUAGAUUGCCUUUGAUACUUUGCAUCUGUUGUAUGCAUGUAAUAGAUUCUCUAAAAAGAAUACUUGUGGGACAGAAUUUUUUUUGGAGUUUUGGUAGAAAAAUGUACUAUAACGGUUUGAUAUAUGUAAAAU